GUUCUGGAACUCACUUGGGAGGUCAUGCUUGGACACAGUUGCCCUUACUUUCAUACCGUGUGAUAGAGGUGGGGAAAGGUCUCCACCAAAAGAGAGAGCCCCCCGACCCCCCUGCCCUGGCAGAUAUGCAGCAGAAGAAAGAACCUGUUCAGGAUGACUCCGACCUGGAUCGCAAACGACGGGAGACGGAAGCUUUGCUACAGAGCAUCGGCAUAUCCCCGGAGCCUCCUCUAGUCCCAACCCCUAUGUCUCCCUCUUCGAAAUCAGUGAGCACUCCCAGUGAAGCUGGAAGCCAAGACUCGGGCGAUCUGGGGCCAUUGACAAGGACCCUGCAGUGGGACACAGACCCCUCAGUGCUCCAGCUGCAGUCAGACUCAGAAUUUGGAGCUGUACCUGAAAUACAACUGACAGAAAAUGCUAUAGCCGAGCUAUUGAAAUUGAUGAUUGUCAUGCACACAUUCUCAUCAAACUGUCAGUGCCACCAGGAAAGCAAACAGUUGUCACCCCCAAAAGUGUCUUUGACCUGUGCUCAGAUUCGAAUAUUUCAUUCCACCUACUUAUUUUUUCAGUGUUUUAUCACACCUGAUUUUGACCACAUCAGCAGAGAUGAUUUGGUGAUGAGAACUUCCUUUAUCAAAGAAGCCUUGACCUACACUUCAGGAAAAGUAUUUUUAGCAUGA